UCGAAUUGGUCAUCUCCCUUCGAACUUUCUUGUAAUUCCAAGAUUACCCUCAAUUACAAAAAGCCCUAGACCAAACGUUCCUUUUGUUUCCUUGUUUCUUCAUCUCCUCCAUUUUCUGCAUAGCGUUUUUCAGUGGCUAGCGAGUAAAGUUUAUUGCUUUCCUAAAAAAAUGAAAGAGGAAGAAGUAAAUAGGUGCCAGAUUCAGGAGUGGUAUCCCAGAUUUAAGUCUGAUUCCAUAAAAACAAUGAUUCAUGAGCUGCCUGAAUCCUUUAUAGAGUAUCUUAUGGAUGAUCAUGGUCCGUUCCUUCUCCCCCUUUCCAUUGAUGACAAUGAUGCACUGCCUAAUAGGAUUCAUAAACCGGAAGAAGAGGAGGACUUUGAAGUAUCUGAAGGAUCGGAAGAUGAAUCAGAACAACCGUCUCCUCCUCCUUCUUUCCCGGAACUGGAAAUGAAGAUCAAGGAAUCUAUAGAGUCCCUUGGGGGCUCUGUCUUCCCUAAGCUUAAUUGGAGUGCACCAAAAGAUGCUGCAUGGAUCAGUUCAACUGGAAAUCUUUGUUGCAACUCUUUCAGUGAGGUUGCAAUUUUACUACGGGCAUCGGAUUCUCUAGUCCAUGAUCUGUGCCAUGUGUAUGAUUCCUGCAGUGAUAAGACUGUCUCAAGGCCCCCAAAGUUUUUUCUUGCACUUCGCAAAUGGUACUCAUCCCUGCGCCCCGAGAUGGAAUUUCGCUGCUUUGUACGCAAUGGGAUCCUUGUGGGGGUCUCUCAGCGCGAGGUGACUGGAUUUUAUCCUGCUCUUGUUGAGAAGAAAGAUGAGCUGAUAACAAUAGUCCAGAGAUUUUUUAUGUAUAAGGUGAAGGGAAAUUUUGAAUCAGAAAGUUAUACUUUUGAUAUAUAUGUCACAAAUGAUGACCGAGUUAAGCUUUUGGAUUUUAAUCCUUGGGGCGCAUUUACCUUACCUUUGCUUUUCACCUGGGAGGAAUUAGAAGUUAAUUCGAAUAAAGAGGGAGAUCACUUGGAGUUUAGACUUGUAGAAAGCCAGCGUGGGGUUCGUCCUGGUUUGAAAACUGCUGUUCCUUAUGAUUACCUGGAUACUAGUCCAGGUAGUGGUUGGGAUGAGUUUCUUAAAAAGGCUGAUGAGGAAUUGGGACAACAGAUCAGGUCUCCUCAAGCAGGUGCUUGAUUGCUAGAUGUUCAAUGACGGUAAGAGACCUUUUUCGAGUAAUUAACCAAUAAUGUACGUGUGGUUUGUUAUAAUUGUUCUUGACGUAUGUAAGCCGGAUUGAUCUUCUCAUUUAUUUGAUUAUUUAUUCUUAAUUCCUUUCUUUUAA